AAUGAUUAAGCAAAUUCUGAAAUAUGCUAAAUUUCUCAAGGAUCUAUGUGUUCACAAAAAGAAAUUGAAGGGGAAUGAAUUGAUAAGCAUGGGGAAGAAUGUUUCAGCCCUUAUUCAGCUUGUUCCUAAAAAAUGUGAAGAUCCUGGAGUGUUCACUGUGCCUUGUGAGAUUGGAAGUUGUGUUUUCGAAGAUGCCAUGUUGGAUUUAGGAGCAUCAAUCAAUGUGAUGCCAAAAUCAGUCUUUCAGUCACUUGGAAUUAGUCCUCUACAGCAGACCAGAGUUGUUAUUCAGCUAGCUGACCAUAGCCAAGCUCAUCCAGCCGGAGUGAUUGAAGAUGUGUUGGUGAAGGUGAGAGAGCUUAUUUUUCCUGCAGAUUUCUACAUUCUGGAUAUGGAGGGAGAUUUACUUGCGAAUAGAUCUCCACUCAUUCUUGGUAGGCCAUUUCUGAAGACUGCAAGAACGAAGAUUGAUGUGCACGCUGGAACAUUAUACAUGGAGUUUGCAGAUACAGUGGUUCAGUUUAGUUUAUUUGAUGCUAUGAAGCACCCGUCAGAGGACCACUCUAUUCUUAGCAUUGAUAUAGCAGAUGAGUUGAUUAGCAUGGAUUUGACUUUUGGCCUUGAGUCUCGGCUGGAUAUUUCUGAGGGUGAGGAGUGCCUAUAUGAUUCUAAGGUUUCUACUGAAAGUGAUGGUAAUGUGGGAGCAGUUGAUGUGGAGCUCGUUGGUAGUUCAAGUUCAUUAGAAGGCGAAUAUUUAAGUGUAGGGGAUUGCAUAGAGGAAGCAAUACCCCAAGAAUCACAUAUUUUGAUUGAAGUGUCACCUGAAUCAAGAAAAGGUGAAUAUGUAAGUGUAGGGGAUUGCAUAGAGGGAGCAAUACCCCAAGAAUCACUACAGUCAGUUAUUGAUGCACAACAGCCAGAGUUGAAGCCCCUUCCUGAACACCUUAAGUAUGCAUUUUUGGGAGAAGGACAACAGCUACCCAUUAUUAUAGCUCAGAAUUUAGAGCCAGAGCAAGAACAGAGAUUAUUGGGAAUUUUGAGACAGCAUAGGAAAGCUAUUAGGUGGACACUUGCUGAUAUUCCUGGUAUCAGUCCUUCGAUUUGUAUGUAUCUGAUUUAUUUAGAGGAGGAUAUGAAACCAGUGAGACAACCACAGAGAAGACUUAACCCAUUGAUACUCGACGUUGUAAAGAAAGAGGUGACUCGACUUUUACAGGCUGGCAUUAUUUACCCUAUUUCUGACAGCAAAUGGGUAAGUCCAAUUCAUGUGGUUCCCAAGAAGUCAGGCAUUACAAUGGUAGCUAAUGAGGACAAUGAGUUGGUGCCUACUAGAAUUCAGAAUUCAUGGAGAGUUUGUGUGGACUAUAGGAAACUGAAUCAGGCUAGCAGAAAGGACCACUACCCAUUACCUUUUAUUGAUCAGAUGUUGGAGAGAUUGGCAGGGAAGUCCCACUAUUAUUUCCUUGAUGGAUAUACAGGAUAUUUUCAUAUUUGCAUCUCUCCUGAGGAUCAAGAUAAGACCACCUUCACUUGCCCCUUUGGUACAUUCGCUUACAGACGUAUGCCUUACGGACUUUGCAACGCACUAGAGACCUUCCAGCGAUGUAUGGUAAGCAUUUUUGGUGAGUUAUUAGAGCAUUGUAUGGAGGUUUUUAUGGAUGACUUUUCGGUUAAUGGUUCAUCUUUCGAUGCAUGUUUGGAAAAUUUAUCUCGAGUUUUGAAUCGUUGCAUUGAGACAGAUUUGGUUUUAAAUUUUGAAAAAUGUCAUUUCAUGGUUGAGCACGGCAUUGUUUUGGGACAUGUCAUUUCUAGGGAAGGUAUUAAAGUAGAUCCUGCUAAGAUUAAUGUUAUAUCUUCUUUAUCUCACCUCGCAUGCGUGCGGGAGGUUCGAACUUUUCUUGGUCAUGCAGGUUUCUAUAGAAGAUUCAUACGUGAUUUCAAUAAAAUUGCCCUUCCCUUGACUCAGCUACUGCAGAAGGAUGUGACUUUUCAUUUUGAUCAGAAGUGCAAAGAGGCUUUUGAGAAGCUGAAAGAAGCCCUUGUUAUAGCACCCAUCAUUAGCCCACUAGAUUGGAGCCUUCCUUUUGAGUUAAUGUGCGAUGCUUCAAAUUAUGCAGUGGGAGUUGUACUUGCACAGAGAGUAGAUGGAGCACCACACAUUAUUUGUUAUGCUUCAAAGACUUUGGAUGUUGCACAAGCAAACUAUACCACAACUGAAAAAGAGCUUCUCUUUAUUGUGUUUGCUUUGGAUAAAUUCAAAUCAUAUUUAUUGUAUUCUCAUGUGAUUGUAUUUUCUGAUCAUGCAACUCUGAAAUACCUCCUCAAGAAGCCCGAUGCGAAACCUAGGUUGAUCAGAUGGAUGCUUUUGCUCCAAGAAUUCGACGUGGAGAUACGCGAUAGGAGUGGAAAGGAGAACCUAGUGGCAGAUCACCUGAGCUUGAUUGAGGGAGAAAUUGACCACACGGAUAUUGCUGAUGAGUUUCCAAAUGAGCACCUCCUACAGCUACACGGUGAGAUUCCAUGGAUAUAGGAAUUGAUACAUGAUUCAAGUGAAGCCUAAUCAACUCAAGAGGAGUUCAACCAAGUGGAGAAGGUUCACAUUUUAUUUGACUCCAACCAAAUUCAUUAAGCCAACCCAUUGCUCUUGACCUAAGUUCAACCCUCACACCAAAUCCCUAAAUUCUCCCUAAACCAAAUCAAGAUUUACCCUAAUUCCGGUAAAAUUGGACCAAGGUAUAAAGUCCAGAAAACUCGCGGAUGAACAGUGGAUGCGCCUGCUGUUCAUCGUGCCAGAAUUCUGAGUUCAUGUUUUCUCGUCACUGCAGCCCCUAUCCUUCUUCCUCCUUUCAUCUCAAGCUACAAGAUCAUGACAGAAGCUUAAGGAGACUACUGGUCAACAGUCUUGCAGCUGGAAUCUCGCCGGAGAGGUCUCAACGACGAGGUCGACGUGAAUCUGAGUUUUAUCACAGAAUCUGCCGAUUUUGCUAGAAACGAUGAAGAAAGCAAAGUCGGCACUCCAUCCUACAUCAAAGACCAUCGGAGGGGUUCUCUGGUGGUUUCCAUUAGCAUUUCGAAUCAUCCACAGCCCCACAAGUCAUCUCAGAACUCAGAUUUGCAGAUUCCAGACAAUCUGUGAUUUCAGCUCGAUUUGAAUAUGUUUUCAGCAUCGAAGAGGGUUUCUUUGGUGAAGUUCGCGAGAUCAAAUUGAGCCCAAGUUCAGAAGUUUCUUCAUUCUUCUCCUUUGAUUUUUGGAUUCGCAGAUUGCAAUUCCAAUCUCUUGUGUGACGGCAAGAGGGUGUGGUUUGAGAAUUGAUAUGGAUUCAGUAUGGAUAGUUUAAUUCCUUGCUAUUUCUUAAUAGUUUCAACAAUUUCUUUAUUUCUGCACUUUUGUUCAAGCAAUUUCUGUUACUGAAUAUCUUGUCUUUGCAUUUCUACUCUCUGGAAUUUUGAUUCUGCAACGUUAGUUUCUUCAA